AUAGGCAGAUGUUGGGCAGCACUGGUGGGCACUGAUAGGCUGCGCUGAUGGGCAGCACUGAUGGACACUGAUGGUCUGCACUGGAGAAUCCAGGGGCGGACUGACAACUCAUGGGGCCCCUGGGCAAUAGGGGAUCAUGGGGCCCCUGUGUCUUUGCCCAAACUCAAAAAAGCAUAUGAAAAAGGUACCAGGGGCAUCUCAUGGGGCCCCCUAGUGACCCCGGGCCCUCGGGCAGCACCCGAGUUUCCAAAUGGUCUGUCCGCCCCUGGGAGAAUC